AAAUCCGGGCGGGGCGGCGCGGGGCGCAGUCGGCCGCGCUGGUGACGCCGGGCGGCGUGUCCGCUGUCCUGCCGUGCCGCCAUGGCAGCGCUGCCCGGCGCCGCGGCCCCGCGGCUGCUCCUCAUCCCCAGCAAAGCGGCCGAGGCUCCCGGCACCGCGGCUGCCCGCCAUCUGUCCGUUGUCCUGCCGGCAGGAGCCGACCCCGGCCUCCCGGGGAUGGAGACCACGCAGCCCGCCCGCAAGCGGCAGCGGCUCACGCAUCUGAGCCCCGAGGAGAAGGCGCUGCGCAGGAAGCUGAAGAACCGCGUGGCAGCCCAGAGUGCCCGCGACAGGAAGAAGGCGCGGAUGACAGAGCUGGAGCAGCAGGUGGUGGAGCUGGAGGAGGAGAACCAGAAGCUGCUGCGGGAAAACCAGCUCUUGCGGGAAAGGACGUGUAACCUCGCGCGGGAGAACCAGGAGCUCCGCUGCCGCCUGGGUUUGGAUGCUCUGAAGACGGAGGAGGAGGGUGACGAGCUCCAGGUUGUGAAGGAAUCCCAGGUGGAUGAGAUCAGAUUGGUGACCGGGUCCGCUGAGUCCGCAGCACUCAGACUACGUGUUCCUCUGCAGCAGGUACAGGCCCAGCAGUCACCAUUUCUGAUAGUUUCCACAUGGAUUCUGAUGGCAGUGACUCUUCAGACUCUGAGUCUGAUCUCCUAUUGGGCUUUCUGGACAGUCUGGACCCAGAGCUGUUUCUCAAAUAUGCUGAUUCAGAGUCAACGUGCCUGGAAAAGCUGGACGAAGAGAUCUCUGGAGAAACAAAUUCCAUACCAACCGCCCUCUCUCCCUCUUUGGGGUCCCCAUCAGCUAAGCUGGAAGCCAUUAAUGAACUCAUAAGGUUUGAUCACGUGUACACAAAACCCCUAGUAGUGGAGAUUCCUGUUGAAGUGGGCAACCAAACCAAUAUGCUAGUGAAAAUUGAGAAAGAAAAUAUCUCUUCAUCUGACGACAAGGCCAUCCCUGAAGUCCCAGUGUCUGUGAAGAAGGAACCUGUAGACAGCUUCAUGCCUGAACUGGGCUUUUCUCAUCUGCUUUCUUCUUGUCAUAGCCUUGAGGCCUCAAACUACCUGUUGGAUGGCUGUAGUGACUCUGGGUAUGAAGGAUCCCUGUCGCCCUUCAGCGAUACAUCGUCUCCGCUUGGCACUGACCACGCGUGGGAGGAUAGCUUUGCCAAGGAACUCUUUCCCCAGCUCAUCAGUGUCUAACCUGGUAGUGUUAACUCCCUGUGAGCAACUGGCCUGGCAGGAUAUCAGCAAUGCCCAUUUGGGGGUGUAUGUGGGGAAAAUCAAGUCCAUUCAGAAAAGUGUUUCUCAUCUUUACCAUGCUAGUAGAUGGUGUGAUGGUAUGAAAAAGCCCAGGGUGUCCUGUCCUGCCCUGGCUCCCCCCUGUCAGUGUUGGCUUAGCAGAGAGGCAGGUUUGUUUCUCAAUAACUUGCUCAUUCUCUGUGAACCUGAAAAUGUUUUGUUUUCCAGUUAAAAUUUUAACACCAAAAACUAAACUGGGAUGUUCAUGUAUAGACAACUGGGCUAGACCUUAAUAGUCUCUAAGUCUUACAGCUUCACUAAAUGCUUGUUUUCCAUUUGCUAUGUAGAGUUGCUUUGUCCAUUUAAUAUUUAACUGUAUUGGUGCAAUUAAAAUGCAGUGCAGCUCACUGA